AGGCUGUUUUCCUCCAUGGCCAGGCUGUCCUUCGUGGCCACCCCCGUCCUUUGUGGGCUGGCCACCAUCCUUCAUGGCGAGGCCACCUUUCAUAGCCAGCCCAACCUUUGUGACCAGGCUGUUGUCCUUCAUGGACAGGUUGUCCUUCACGGCCAGGCCACCUUUCAAAGCCAGCCAGUCCUCCAUGGCCAGCCCGCCCUCAGUGUGGGGGCGCAGGCCAGGCAGGCCGCGCGGAGCGGCGCGGUGCUGAGGCGGCGGGCAGGCCGUGCGGAGCGGCGCGGUGCUGAGGCGGCGGGCAGGCCGUGCGGUGCAGGGCGGCGUGGAGCAGUGCUGAGGCGGCGGGCAGGCGGUGCGGGGAGGCGCGGAGGCGGCGGGCAGGCGGUGCGGGGAGGCGCGGAGCGGAGGCGGCGGACAGGCCGCGCCCGCCGCCUGAAGAUGGCUGCUGCUUCUUCCUCCUGCAAUGUGGAAGAAGACGAGAGCCUGAAGGGAUGUGAACUCUAUGUUCAGAAGCACAACAUCCAACAGAUAUUAAAAGAAUGCAUUGUAAACCUUUGCAUAGCAAAGCCUGACCGGCCCAUGAAGUUCCUCAGAGAACACUUUGAAAAAUUAGAAAAGGAAGAAUGCAAACAAAUACUGGCUCGGCAGAAAUCCAGUUCCCAGUCUGACUCUCAUGACGAUGAGAUUUCCCCUCCUCCUCCCAACCCCGUGGUAAAAGCCCGACGCAGAAGAGGGGGUGUCAGCGCAGAAGUGUACACUGAGGAAGAUGCUGUUUCUUACGUCAGAAAGGUUAUUCCAAAGGACUAUAAAACUAUGACUGCUCUGGCAAAAGCCAUCUCCAAGAACGUGCUCUUUGCUCAUCUUGAUGACAAUGAACGAAGUGACAUAUUCGAUGCCAUGUUCCCCGUCACACACAUCGCUGGAGAAACAGUCAUACAACAGGGUGAUGAAGGAGACAACUUCUAUGUGAUAGACCAAGGCGAGGUGGAUGUUUAUGUCAACGGGGAGUGGGUCACCAGCAUCGGAGAAGGAGGCAGCUUCGGGGAACUGGCACUGAUCUAUGGAACACCCCGCGCCGCCACCGUCAAGGCCAAGACAGAUCUCAAGCUCUGGGGCAUCGACAGAGACAGCUACAGACGCAUUUUAAUGGGCAGCACGCUGAGGAAGCGGAAGAUGUAUGAAGAAUUCCUGAGCAAGGUCUCCAUUUUGGAGUCCCUGGACAAAUGGGAGCGGCUGACAGUGGCUGACGCGCUGGAACCUGUCCAGUUUGAAGAUGGAGAAAAAAUUGUUGUGCAGGGAGAGCCCGGUGAUGACUUCUUCAUUAUUACUGAGGGCACAGCGUCGGUUCUGCAGCGCAGGUCGGACAACGAGGAGUACGUCGAGGUUGGAAGACUUGGUCCAUCAGAUUAUUUUGGUGAGAUAGCCUUACUGCUCAACCGGCCCCGCGCCGCCACCGUGGUGGCACGCGGACCCCUGAAGUGCGUGAAGCUGGAUCGGCCCCGCUUCGAACGCGUGCUGGGCCCCUGUUCCGAAAUCCUCAAGAGAAACAUCCAGAGAUACAACAGCUUCAUUUCGCUCACCGUCUAAACGAUUCCUCCUGGAAAGCUGCCUUUGUGUGACCUUGUGCACUUAAAUUUGCUCUGUGCAGCUCCAUAGCUUUAUGAAGAAGAAAAAAGAUGUGCAUUUUAUGUGUAUUUUUUCUGUUUAUGUCACGUACGGGAUGUCAGUUCAAAUCUCAUGUAUCGUGUAAGUAGGAAGACAACUGUUCGGAUCAGACUAGCUUUGGGGAAGGUUAGGCUCUUGGCUGGCAGGCAAGAUUUUUACCUGUUGUUGGAUCAUAUAGCUUAAAACUGUGUUUUUAAACUAUUUAAAAUUCAUAUGAAUUUCUAUUUCCCUUAUUAUCUUUGAAGUUGGUCUUAGUCACCUUUGGUCAAGCUUCUCUGGUCAAGCGAUGUCCCUCUGCCCGGCGCUUUUAGAAGACUUUUCCCUGGUUGUGGACUGGGGGUUUCUGAGGCCCCACGGUGCAGUCGCACAGUUCAAGAGGGGAGGUUGGAGGAAGGUUUUGAUCAUUCCAGCGAGCCAGGGGAAAGUAGAGCUUUUGGGUCAUUUUGUUUGUGGCUUAGGUAGAGGGGCCAUGCUCCUCCGUUCAGGUCUGCUGUGCAGCGCCUGCUGAGGCAAAGAGCCCGCUCCGCUCUUCUGGGGAAAGGGACGAUGUCUUGUGAGAGUUCCGCUGGAGCCCGGAGGACCUCAGUUAUUUGUCCUCAGCUCUUUUUUUAGAUGAGGGUUUGCAUUAGGUCCCUUAAAGUCCAACGGGGACUUCUCUGCUGAGUUAAGUGGGCUUCGAAACGUAUUUAUCUGCAGCAGAGUGUCCUCAGCCACUUCUGAACAUUGUAUGAAACGCUGAAGAGACGAUGCCAGGUGCACACCGGGGGCAACAGCAGCGGUUUGUUUUUAGUAAGGUCCACUCAAUUAAAUUCAAAUGCCUUUCUUUUAGUAUCAGACUAAACGUUAGGCUUUUGUAGGAUUUUCUGAAAGCCAAUCCAUGCUUCAGACUGCCGCCUCUCCUCCAGCAGACGUGUACUGUGUCACAAAAAGCACCGGGAUCUUGCACGAAGCUCCCGGAGCCCCGGUCCCUCGGGGACGAGCCCCCUCGCGCAGGUGGGACUUUCCUGUCGGCCCCCGCCACCAGGGCCCGACGCUCCGGGAGCUGGUUUUUGCGGAGGCGGCUGCUGCUCCUCCAGGCGUCUCCCGUCACCUCAAGGCGCUUCAUUUAUUCCAGCCCAUUUUCAGUGGUCCUGUCAGCAUCCAUCCGUUGCUACUAUUUAUUAUGAUUAUGUUAACGCUUCUUGCACGUGUUAUUAAAUAUGACCAUUCACGUUUUUCAACCUUGCAUUUUUUAUCACGUACAUUUAUAUAGGCAGACCCCCGUUAUAUAUAUAUGGAUAAAUGUAUACGCGUUUGCAAAACUUCUGAUUCGCUUCACAGGGUUUGUAUUCUCUUGUGCAAUCUUUUUAAAAAAAUAAUUUUUAAAGGUUACCGGUCACUCAUGUAUGUUCUUUUACCUGUUGUAUUUCUGUUGUAUUGGUAAAAAAUUGUGAGUGUUUCACAUAAUGGGCAAGAUAUACAUUUCUUGUUAAACACCAAGUAGGAGCCACGCUGUUUAGCAGUUCCUCGAGCACACACACAACAGAGAUUCUUUGCUUUAAACCUUUGCAGCUCAUGGAAAAUGCGUUUGAAUUAUGGUUCUGUUAUAAGCAAUCUCAAGAGAAGUGUAACCAUUUAACACCAGGAUUCCUAUGCUUUAAGUGGAACAAAAUGAUAUUCAAUGACAUUUUAAAGAUAAUUGUAAUAUUUGCAGUGGAGGAUGGGACGGGAUUUCCGUAUGAAUAAAAUUCUUCUACAUUA